UGAUUAUACAGCUAUUACAAGGAUUGCAUCAAACAUUGUAUCAGAUUCCCUAGGUAUAUUAUAUGAAAUCUUUGUAACUCAUUGUCUUAAUUUUCUUUCCGUGGUUUAAACGUUUUUUUCUCGAUGAGCAGGACUCCUCGGUGGGAGCCCAGCCACGUGGGCUGCGUCUGCGUCCGCGRACUACAUUUCCCAAAGCCCUCCGCUGGCGCGCCGACAGGAAGUGGCCGGAGCAUCUCCCGCCUCCACACCGAGGCGAAGAGGUUCUAUCCGGGGCCUUGGCGCUUCUCUUUCCUUUCGCGCCGGUUGCCGCUGCGGAGCGCGGCGGGUCCAUGUGCGCAGUGAGUGGCGCUACUCUUGCCCCAGUAGCAUCCGUGCUCCGGGUUUGACCGAGUCCGCGCUACAAUGGACCCCAAUACCAUUAUCGAGGCCCUACGGGGCACCAUGGACCCAGCCCUGCGCGAGGCCGCGGAGCGCCAGCUCAAUGAAGUAAGGACGCCCGGUGUAAUCUAUUUGAAAAAUAUGAUAACACAGUAUUGGCCUGAUCGAGAAACAGUACCAGGGGAUAUAUCCCCUUACACUAUUCCAGAAGAAGAUCGACACUGCAUUCGAGAAAAUAUUGUAGAAGCCAUCAUUCACUCUCCUGAGCUUAUCAGGGUACAGCUCACUACAUGYAUUCAUCACAUCAUCAAGCAUGAUUAUCCAAGCCGCUGGACUGCCAUUGUGGACAAGAUUGGCUUUUAUCUUCAAUCUGAUAACAGUGCUUGUUGGCUAGGAAUUCUCCUUUGCCUUUAUCAAUUGGUGAAAAAUUAUGAGUACAAGAAACCAGAAGAGCGGAGUCCAUUGGUAGCAGCAAUGCAGCAUUUCUUACCAGUUCUAAAGGAUCGCUUUAUCCAGCUUCUUUCUGAUCAAUCUGAUCAAUCUGUCCUCAUCCAGAAACAGAUAUUCAAGAUCUUCUAUGCUCUUGUUCAGUAUACACUGCCACUUGAGCUGAUAAACCAACAGAACCUGACAGAAUGGAUAGAAAUUUUGAAGACCGUUGUGAACAGGGAUGUUCCUAAUGAAACUCUUCAAGUUGAAGAAGAUGAUAGACCUGAGUUACCGUGGUGGAAAUGUAAGAAGUGGGCUUUACAUAUUUUAGCAAGACUUUUUGAAAGAUAUGGAAGUCCUGGCAAUGUUUCCAAGGAAUAUAAUGAAUUUGCCGAAGUAUUUCUGAAAGCAUUUGCUGUUGGUGUCCAACAAGUUUUAUUGAAGGUGUUAUAUCAGUACAAGGAGAAGCAAUACAUGGCUCCUCGAGUUUUACAACAGACAUUAAAUUAUAUAAACCAAGGAGUUUCCCAUGCCCUUACCUGGAAGAACCUGAAGCCUCAUAUACAAGGCAUUAUCCAAGAUGUUAUUUUUCCAUUGAUGUGCUAUACAGAUGCUGAUGAGGAACUUUGGCAAGAAGACCCUUAUGAAUAUAUACGCAUGAAAUUUGAUGUAUUUGAAGAUUUCAUUUCUCCUACCACUGCUGCCCAAACACUUUUGUUUACAGCCUGUAGUAAGAGGAAAGAAGUACUACAGAAGACUAUGGGAUUUUGUUACCAAAUUCUUACAGAACCAAAUGCUGAUCCUCGAAAAAAAGAUGGAGCCUUACAUAUGAUUGGCUCUUUAGCUGAAAUACUUCUGAAGAAAAAGAUUUAUAAGGACCAGAUGGAAUACAUGUUGCAGAAUCACGUAUUCCCUCUCUUCAGCAGUGACCUAGGCUACAUGAGAGCAAGGGCUUGCUGGGUACUUCAUUAUUUUUGUGAGGUGAAGUUCAAAAGUGAUCAGAAUCUCCAAACAGCCUUAGAGCUGACAAGAAGAUGUCUGAUUGAUGAUAGGGAAAUGCCUGUAAAAGUGGAAGCCGCCAUUGCACUUCAAGUGUUGAUCAGCAAUCAAGAAAAAGCUAAAGAAUACAUCACACCAUUUAUCAGACCUGUAAUGCAGGCCCUUCUUCAUAUUAUAAGAGAAACAGAAAAUGAUGACCUUACAAAUGUAAUUCAGAAAAUGAUCUGUGAAUAUAGUGAAGAAGUUACUCCUAUUGCAGUAGAAAUGACACAACAUUUGGCAAUGACGUUUAACCAAGUAAUCCAGACUGGUCCAGAUGAAGAAGGAAGUGAUGACAAGGCAGUUACCGCCAUGGGAAUUCUCAAUACCAUCGAUACACUUCUUAGUGUAGUUGAAGAUCAUAAAGAGAUAACCCAGCAACUUGAAGGGAUCUGCUUACAGGUCAUUGGUACUGUUUUACAGCAGCAUGUCUUAGAAUUCUAUGAAGAAAUCUUCUCUUUGGCUCAUAGUUUGACAUGUCAACAAGUAUCUCCACAGAUGUGGCAGCUACUGCCCCUUGUAUUUGAGGUCUUUCAGCAAGAUGGCUUUGAUUACUUUACAGACAUGAUGCCUCUUCUGCAUAAUUAUGUAACAGUUGAUACAGACACACUUCUAUCUGAUACCAAGUAUCUUGAGAUGAUAUACAGUAUGUGCAAAAAGGUUCUUACAGGAGUUGCGGGAGAAGAUGCAGAAUGUCAUGCAGCAAAAUUGUUAGAGGUCAUCAUUCUACAAUGCAAAGGGCGUGGCAUUGACCAGUGCAUUCCCUUAUUCGUGGAGGCAGCUUUAGAGAGACUGACAAGAGAGGUUAAGACAAGUGAACUUCGAACAAUGUGCCUGCAAGUUGCAAUUGCAGCUUUAUAUUAUAAUCCGCACCUCCUACUCAAUACCUUAGAAAAUCUUCGCUUCCCUAAUAACGUUGAACCAGUUACAAACCAUUUUAUUACACAGUGGCUUAAUGAUGUUGACUGUUUCUUGGGGCUUCAUGACAGAAAGAUGUGUGUUCUUGGCCUCUGUGCUCUUAUUGAUAUGGAACAGAUACCACAAGUUUUAAAUCAGGUUUCUGGACAGAUUUUGCCAGCUUUUAUCCUUUUGUUUAAUGGAUUAAAAAGAGCGUAUGCCUGCCAUGCAGAACAUGAAAACGACAGUGAUGAUGAUGAUGAAGCUGAAGAUGAUGAUGAAACUGAGGAACUAGGGAGUGAUGAAGAUGAUAUUGAUGAAGAUGGGCAAGAAUAUUUGGAGAUUCUGGCUAAGCAAGCAGGUGAAGAUGGAGAUGAUGAUGAUUGGGAAGAAGAUGAUGCAGAGGAGACUGCUCUGGAAGGCUAUUCCACAAUCAUUGAUGAUGAAGACAACCCUGUUGAUGAGUAUCAGAUAUUUAAAGCUAUAUUUCAAAAAUCCAAAAUGAUUGAGAAGCAUGGAGGAUACAAAUUCAGUGCUCCAGUUGUGCCAAGUUCUUUCAAUUUUGGAGGCCCGGCACCAGGGAUGAAUUGAGUUCUCAGUUUCUUUCCUGCUGUGUGAUUGUAGUGAAGAGCUUGUGUUCCUCCUAGUAGUGGUUCCAGAACUGGUUCAUGUUACCUACUCUAAUUGAUCAAUAGAUGGACAAAAAAAACCCAGGAGGUGGGACCUGAUCAUGCAACCUGGCACUGGAAGUGAAACCAGAGGGAUUUUUGUGGGGAGGGGGGUUAAUGUGGGGGUAUUUUCUUUAUUUUUUGAAGAAAGUAAGAUCCUGACUCUGAAGCUUCAAGUGACACUGUGGAAAUCUGAAACAAGAGGGUAUGUCAUGAAGGCAGCUUUUCUUUUUCUGAGGAAAAAAUAGGCAUGGGCUACAGGACUAUUUAAAAUGUCUCAUUUACAGUAUAAAGCUCAAAGGUAGAUGUAAUUUUUACACCUAUGAGUAUUUGUCCGAUUUCUGUCUCUUCCUCACCAUUGGGUAUCCUUUGUAUGUAAAUAAGAUAAGGUAAUAUGAUAGCCUUAUUCAGUCUUCAUUUUCAUUCAUCAAAGAUUGUUCCUAUGUAGAUUAUUGGACAUUUAUUGUAGCACUACAUAACUGAUUUAAAAAUCUGUAAAUGAAUUAGCACUUUCAUAUUGAAACAAGCCUGCUAGCCUAUGUAUAAAAGCAAAAAUGUUUGCUGUUUAUAAAAAGGGAUGUAAUAGGGUGGGGGGCAGGGGUAAUUUCAAGUUAUUAAUUUAAAAAUGAACUAGCAAUUUUGUAACUGGUAACUUUGUGGUACACUCACCUCUGAUAGUGACUUGAAUUCGGUAUGUAAAAAGGGGUUAGUGAUAUUUCAUUGCUGCUAAAAAUGGCAACUCCCUCUGUGUCCUGUUUUUUUUCUUAAAGCUCUCAGUGUACAAGUGAAUAUUUGGAUACAAGACCUUACUGUAACAAACAAGAAAGGUGAUAUCUGAAGCAUGUAAAUUGGAUAUAAAGUUCUGCUCUUAAAGAGUUGAUCUUAGAGUAUGGCUAAACAUCUAUAUAUGCAAUAUUAAAAGAAAUUAAUUCGGCUAUUAUGUCUUGAUUUGAUUGCAGUUUUGUUCCUAUUUAUAAUUUCUUCCCUUCAUUGACCUGUUUUAAUCCAAUAACAAGAAAAAAUGCAAAAUGCAUCCUUAACAGUUUACGUCAUCUGCCUAUUUCCCUUUGCACAGCUCCUCUGCCCCUCUUGAUGAUUGUGGUAUCUGACUCUUAUUUAUAGGCUGAAGGCACAUGGUUUGCUCCAAAAACCACUAUUGA